AUGGAGAAACAGAUUUCCUUUCUGCUCUCUUCAGCCAGAAGUAACCUGUUGGUUUUGUUCUUUUCAGGCCUUUUCACACUCCUGGUUGAAGAUUUUGGGGUCAAGGGAGUGCAGGUUGAGGAGAUUUAUGAUCUGCAGAGCAAAUGCCAAGGCCCCGUGUAUGGGUUCAUCUUCCUGUUCAAGUGGAUUGAGGAGCGCCGGUCCCGCCGCAAGGUCUCCACGCUGGUGGAUGAGACGUCGGUGAUCGAUGAUGACAUCGUCAAUAACAUGUUCUUUGCUCACCAGCUGAUCCCCAAUUCCUGUGCCACCCAUGCCCUGCUGAGUGUCCUCCUGAACUGCAACAAUGUUGACCUGGGUCCCACAUUGAGCCGCAUGAAGGAUUUCACCAAAGGCUUUAGCCCUGAGAGCAAAGGCUAUGCCAUCGGCAACGCCCCGGAGCUGGCCAAGGCCCACAACAGCCAUGCCAGGCCAGAGCCACGGCACCUGCCAGAGAAGCAGAACGGCAUCAGCGCAGUGCGGACCAUGGAGGCUUUUCACUUUGUCAGCUAUGUCCCCAUCAAGGGACGACUCUUUGAGCUGGAUGGCCUGAAGGUCUAUCCCAUUGACCACGGGCCAUGGGCAGAUGACGAGGAAUGGACAGACAAAGCCAGGAGAGUGAUCAUGGAGCGCAUUGGCCUGGCCACUGCAGGGGAGCCAUACCACGACAUCCGCUUCAACCUGAUGGCCGUGGUGCCCGACCGGAGGAUGAAGUACGAGUCCAAACUGCACAUACUGAAGAUGAACCGCCAGACUGUGCUGGAGGCCUUGCAGCAGCUUAUCCGAGUGACUCAGCCUGAGCUGAUCCAGACCCAGAAGUCUCAGGAGUCUCAGCCUGCUGAAGAGGCAAAGCCAGCCAGCAGCAAGACCGUGACUCCAGAGAGCACUCAUGCAGAUGGCACUGAUGAACCCACCAGCCAGGGCCACCCCACAGCCACGCAGAGCCCACCCAGCAAAUCCAAACCAGUGCCAAAGGCAACAGCAAGCGGCAUCAACGGGGCCCCUCCAGCAAACCCCAACCCCAUUGUGCAGAGACUGCCAGCCUUCCUGGAUAACCACAACUAUGCCAAGUCCCCCAUGCAGGAAGAGGAAGACCUUGCAGCAGGAGUAGGUCGCAACCGGGUCCCAGUCCGACAGCACCAGCAGUACUCGGAUGAUGAGGAUGACUAUGAUGAUGAUGAUGAGGAGGAAGUUCGUAACACCAACUCAGCCAUCAGGUACAAGAGGAAAGGGCAAGUGAAGCAAGAGCACGUGGCAGGGGCCGCAGAUGGCCAGCUCUCUGUCCUGCAGCCCAACACCAUCAAUGUCCUGGCUGAGAAGCUGAAGGAAUCUCAGAAGGAUCUUUCCAUUCCCCUGUCCAUCAAGACGAGCGGCGGGGGAGCCGCCGUGGCAGUGGUCACCCACUCGCAGCCCUCCCCCACGCCCAGCAACGAGAGCACCGACACCGCCUCCGAGAUCGGCAGCGCCUUCAACUCCCCGCUGCGCUCCCCCAUCCGCUCGGCCAACCCCACGCGCCCCUCCAGCCCCGUCACCUCCCACAUCUCCAAGGUGCUCUUCGGGGAGGAGGACGGGCUGCUGCGCGUCGACUGCAUGCGCUACAACCGGGCCGUCAGGGACCUGGGGCCCAUUGUCAGCUCCGGCCUGCUGCACCUCACCGAGGACGGCGUCUUCUGCCCGCUGGCUGCUGUAGAUGGGAAAAACUCCCCCUCUUCCAUCAAACCCAGUGAAGAGGUCCCGGUUGCGAUCAAACUGGAGGAGAAGGAGGGCAGUGAGGCCAGUGACAGCAAAGAGAAGGUGGGACUUGGCAGGACCAGUGAUCACCCUGGGGGGGAAAAGUAUUCUCCCAAGGAGCUGCUGGCGCUGCUCAAGUGUGUGGAAGCAGAGAUUGCAAACUACGAGGCCUGCCUGAAGGAGGAGGUAGAGAAGAGGAAGAAAUUCAAGAUUGAUGACCAGAGGAGAACCCACAACUACGACGAGUUCAUCUGUACUUUCAUAUCCAUGCUGGCCCAGGAAGGCAUGCUGGCCAGCCUGGUGGAGCAGAACAUCUCGGUGCGCAGGCGGCAGGGAGUCAGCAUCGGCCGCCUGCACAAGCAGAGGAAGCCGGACCGCCGGAAACGCUCCCGCCCCUACAAAGCCAAGCGCCAGUAGCCAGAGGGCCAAGACUGACUUAGUGGCUUUGGGCACUGGCACUUGGAUCUAUAUUACCCUUUGCCCAAGGAAGAGGGACCACAUGACAAGCCUCCUGCCCAGGUGGAGCCUGGGGACAAAGGGAAGUUGGGUUUCUCUCUGCGCCUAAGCUGUGAAAGGCAAUAACCUGGCUGGAGGAGUCCCUGCAGCAGAAGGGAGUCUGGAGAGCUCAGCUUCCUCACCAUGCCAUGGCAGCACCCAGACGUUGUCACCUCCGUCUCAGAACCCUGGCUGAGGACUGACUGGAGGGAAGGAGCCCACCCAGCUGGGUCUGGCCUUGUGGGAACGCUGGCAAUGCCCAUGUGAGGCUGUGCUGGCCACAGCUGGCUGUGGCUUGUGUCCUCCUGUGUCUGGGCCUUCAGCUCUGUGCUUCCCUGGGCUGUUCAUGUCUGUUUUCUAUCCUUGUCUCUCCCUUCCCCAAACUGAUUUUUAGUCCAGGCUUUGGCCAUUCUUAGCAAGGUGGCUCCAGGACAGAGCUGCUUCUGCACCCACCCAACACUGCACUGCCCAGUGCCUGGUGCUGGCCGAGCUCAUGGGGAUGGUGACCCCUUCCCAGUGGGCCAUGGCAACUCUAUUGCUGAGUGCGGGUGGGGAGGUUCAUCUAUGGAGCUGGGCCUUGUGCCCAGCCCUCUGUAGUGGUGCUGGGGGUGGCCUGUGCCUCUUGCUGCCCUGGCUGCUCUCCUUGGGACCAGCUCUGUGGCCCUGGCAGUGCCUAAGGGUCACACAGCAUUGCACCAGGCCCAGGCCCCAGAGAAACCCUGUGAAUUAUGAACAGACCAGGUGCAUCUCAUGGCCUUGGUGGUGCUGGGCAUGGCAUGAGGGUGGACACUGGCUGUGGCUUGGUGAAGCUUCUUGGCAGGGGCAGAUGUGGCUGGUUGCUGCAAUAGUGGAGGUGGGAUGGGGGCAGUGGAGGGAGCCCACAUCUCUUCCCCCUGGCUGGCUGCUAACCAGAGCUUGCUGGUAUAGCCUGGCAGCCUGUUGCCUCCUGCAAGCCCCUGGGAGCCUGGCAGAAAUCUGAGAUAUCAGAGGUGAGUACUGCUCUCCAGCGAUGUCCCGGGGUGGAGCUGCCACAGGAGAGGACUGAAUUUUUUCAAUACGUGUACAGAUCUUGACUAUGGAAUGAAACAGUUCUUUUGGUAUUUUGAAGGAAAGAAAAUCCUUCUGUCUCUUGCUGUGUCUGAUAUCAAGUGCUGUAAAUAAUGGACCUGUCUGAAGGAAUAAAACUAUCC